GCUGUGAGAAGUUUGUUUUCCGUUCGCAUUUGGAUUUUGUAACCCGACUAGCGGCAGCAGGUUGCUGUCAAAUUGGAGAGAAAAAUCCCUAAAAAUAAUUGAAUUAAAUCACUUGAAAUAUAUUACAAUUAACGUGAGUGCAAGAAUCCAGGAAAAGCCAAGCAAACAUUCGUCCGUACGACCGCAAACACAACGCAAACAUCUACGCUUCUCAGUUCCGCUACGCAGCAAACAUUUAAUUCGAAUGCCAAAAUAAAAACAAACAUGGUGCCAAUCAGCGUUGAAAAAUGUUUAUUAAAUGUGUUUUUAGAAGUUAAACGUAGGGAAUAAUUAUUACAGCACACAGAUUACAGUGAGUCAAAAUCAACGCAAAAGUGAUUCCAGCCAAAAAUAUAACAACCAAAACCUGAAAACCAAGCAAAACAAUAAACCAACUUCAUACAGACAGCGCAAAUCAACCAAAGAAACUCAGAAUACAUAAUCAAUCAAUAACCUUGAGACAAUCCAUCACCGCAAGGUUGUAAAGUUAACUUCCAAAACCCAUUCAAGACCAGACUCCAUUGAAAGGUCAAGAAUUAAUAGAGUUGCUGCAUGGGGAACAGUCUGAUAACGAGUGGAAAACCGAGUCAGCGCCGCGAAAAGAGGCUUUUUGAGAGGCUGAGCUGCAGCUACGCUCAGGCUCCCAAUAGAAUGGAGUUGAAUAUGAAUCCCCUGCUGGCUUUGGCCCGCUCCAUUGCGGCGCCACCUACACCGCCACCAACCCCCGAAAAACCGGGUUCCGAAAAGGAGGAGGUGCCGAAAAAGGCGCCCAUCGAAGAGCUGCCCAAUGAGAUGUGGCUGGAGAUCAUGUCCUACCUGUCCUACAACGAUCUGCAGCAGUUGCGCAUGGUGUCCUGGCGAUGUCGGGAUCUGGUCCACCGACGGCGCUUCAUGGAGAAGGGCAAGGUGAUAGUGACGCAACACAACUUGGAGGCGAUCCACAAGCACGCGAAGGGCGGCAACUGCUACUUGAGCUUCGAGCGGAUCGAGCUGCGGAACCUCCGCCAGUGCUGCCAGUUGGAUAACUUUCUGCGGCUCGUGGGCCACGAGGUGAAGCACCUCCAGGUGCGCCACGCUCCCGUAUUCCGCAAUCUGGACGGCAAGCUGCCCAACCUGAAGGUUCUCACGAUUGCCACCACCAGUUCCAUGGAUGACCAGCACUUGAAGUCGGUGGAUGGGCUGGAUAUGAAGCAGUUUGCCCACUUGGUGGGAUUCGAGUGCGAUGGCGUGAGCCUGGACUCCUCGUUGAAGCUGCUCAUGUUGCUGCAGUUGCGACGGUCGGAGAACAAGGUGCACCUGCGGCAUCUGCAGUUCGAGUUCCGAAGGAACAACGAGAGUGCUCUGCUGGAUGUCCUGCGGGAUCAUGCGGACACCUUGGUCUGCGUGGACAUCUUCUUCAGCUGCUCGCCGGGCAUCGAUACGCGGGAGUGGUGCCAGGCCUUCGAAACGAUGCACAAUCUGCGCACCCUCAAGCUCUCCGGGAAUUGCCAUCUGGUUCUGCUGGAAGCCGUCUUGAGAGCUGUUCCGCAGUCAGCACCCAUUCGCCAGUUGGAUUUGACCGGAAUGCUAUCGCUCACCAACGAACUACUGCUCUAUAUAGCCGACAAAUGGCAGAACACCUUGAAGGUGCUGGAUCUUAUGUUUUGCGUCCAACUGAACUCGAACUGUAUUGAUGCACUGCGUCAGCUGAGUGGUCAGUUGGAGGCGUUGACCAUGGCCUACUGCAGGGAGUUGACCGGCAUGGGAUUGGUUCAGGGGCUGGCUGGGAAUAUGAACUACACUCUGCAGGAGCUGCAUCUUGAGGAGACCAUAUUCUUAGACGAGAACUCCAUGUGCCAGCUGCUGGAGAGGUUGCCCAACCUGCGAAGGCUCAGCUUGGAUAAUUGCCGCCAAGCGGUAACCGAUCGCACCAUGGCCACCAUUUGCAGGUACCAAACAAGGCUGAGGAACCUCAACAUCGAUUACUGCGUGAAGAUCACCGAUCAGGGUUUAAUGGGAUAUGGCGAGACUCCCUAUCCCAUCAGUAGGCUACGCGGACUAAAGGAGUUGAAUCUUCGGGGCUGUCGCAACAUCACAGAUCGUGCGUUAAAACAUGGCCUAAAGUUGCCGGAACUGCGAGCCCUUUCCUUGGGUUAUUGCUCACGACUUACACCAGCGGGUUUUGAGGCGGUGACCCAAAACUGUCCAUCUCUGGAAGCUCUCUGUGUGUCCAGCUGCAUGACCAUGGACGACGAGACUGUGAGGAUCAUUGUGAGCGGCCUGAAGCGACUGAGGAUCCUCAACUUGAGCAACUGCGCCAAGCUGACGCUGCAAUCGAUCCACUACAUCCUGGCGCAUGCACACAAUCUCGUGGAGCUGAUCGCCUGCUCCAUCGACGGACUGGACCACGAGCAGGCGCAGCGCAUCCUGGAGGCGCAGAGGCCGCAAAUGAAGCAGGUGCUGCUAUAGCAGGAGAGGUACAUCCACUGACGGAGCCGCAACACUCCGCCAAACGGUUGGGGGCGGCAGGAGGAGGACGACGACGACGAGACCGAGAUUAUCGAGAUCGUGGUUUAGGCGGCGAUCCUCUCGCUUUCAUUUAGGUGAAGCUUAUUAAGCGUAUAACGUACAUUGAUUUAUACCUACGAAAAUUACUCUUAGCCCUGCAAAUUGAGGGAAAAAACUUUAGAGGUGAUACUUAGAUUUGUUUUAAGACCCCAUUCGACUCGUACUUUAAGAUCCGCCAGCAAAGAAGCCAAAUAUCAAAGUACAAGCAUACCUCCCACCCAAACCCAUCUGAACAUUUCAGUGAUCAACUAAUUAACGAGCACAACUAAAGCUAUAUAUUCGUACUAUGGCCACCACAAUGUUUAGUUUUAGAAGAUCAAGCAAUAACAACUAACAAAGACUUUAUUUUAAACUAACUUAUAUUUAAUCUAAUGCCAUAAUUAUCAGUCCAAUGAGCUUGCAUUUCCAUAUAUAACUUAACUUUUAAUAGGGUUUGGGAACGAAUCAAUAUUUCUGCAACCAAACAAUACUUCUACAAAUAAUACUUUAGGUGUUGUUCAAGUCAAUAUAUUAAUCAGAGUGUGUCUAUUUCAAGUGAAUACGGUUGAACAAAACCAUUCGAGGAACGAGUUUGCGAAAAGAGGCUGUUAGAAUAAGUCGAUGUUCAAAUAUAACUAACCAUUAUCUGAUAUAUUUUAAUCCAUAGGCGUAAGAUCAAUUUUGAGAAAAGUUUUAAAUGAAGUAGUCGGAUACAGAUAGAAGGGAAGCCAGACUUUCCCGGUAAGAGAGAGCGGAAAUUUUGGAAUAUAUUCUUUUGAAGAACUUUACUUUACUUAAUCAACUUUUAAACAUUUACUAAAUGUUGCAUGUGUUAUAAGCUAAUCGAAAUGAAAACGAUAUAAAAUUCCUGUGAGGGGAAAAUUUUAGAAAGUGUGCUACAUAUAAAUGAUAUUCAACUUCUUUUGAAGAAACCUAAUAAACACGAAAUACUUAAAAGAAUA